AUGAUGAAUGCCUCCUGCGUGUUCUCCGGCGAGGUUGAGGGCGAGGCCGUCGACAAGAGCUCCGGCACGGCGGACCAAAUAAAUGCCUCCGGCGAAGGGAAUGGCGUGGCCGCCUACAAGUUCUUCAGCCUGCCGGAGUAUCCCCGCGUGGCGCGCCUUCGUCACUGGCGCCUCAUGGGCUACCUCUGGUGCCAAGGCUUCAGCGACUCCUACAACGAGCUCAUGAACAAGACGCGCGCGUACAUGGACCUGCCGCACCUGUGCGGCCUCAUCGAGGUCGGCCGGUGGGCCGACGCCGUCGACUGUCACAAGAGCUUUUACGCCAUUGUCUUCCGUCACUUCCUUAAGAUGCUCCACGGGUUCGCCGACGCCGCCGCCGGCAAAGGGGAGAAGUUGCUGCCCAAGCACUACCUCCAACUGAAUCACAAAAGAGCCGUCAGCCACGCCGAACUGAGGCUCCGCUCCAUCUGCAUGUCCGUAAUCGACCGUUUCAGGGCCAACAUGAACUGGCAGAGAAUGCUGAUAAAGGCAUCGUCUCUUGUCUACACGCUGGCUCAUCGCGUUCCAGAGCUGCGAGGCUGCUUCUCGCUGCCGACCACCGGCUUCAACCCGCGCCAUGUACUUCCCAUUGCUUCCGGUUUGAGGAGUCAGAGGCGUUAUGUGAAGCAGAAAAAUACAGGAUCAGAAAAACAAAAAGCUGUCAUCAGGGCCUUGAAGAAGACAGGUAAUUGUACAUCUUCACUAGCCUGA